UCAACUUUCAAAUCGUGUCGGCCCCUCGUCCGUAUGCUUUUGCAAAACAUCUUCACCGAAACACUUCAUAAUUUUGGAGGCGUAUCACAGGAUCCUUAAAUUCUUCGGAGAUUUUAAGAAGAGGAUCGGUGAUGCUUACAAGUGGCGUUCGAACAAGCGGGAGCAGAAGCAGACACGCGAAAUGGAGAAGAUUCUUGUAAUAGCGAGAAGCCCGGCCCCUGCAAUCGAUAACAAGUUGAAAAUGGGCUCGAAGACCGUUGUGAUCCUUCGUGAACCAGCGUUAUUGCGAUCCCCGCUUCCUACUCCGUGCACUUCGUCCCAGUACACGACUUUAACGCGAAGCGGCUGAGCUCGGCGAGCGACACGUCGAGAGUAAACGCGCGGGGGACCCCAAAAUCCUCGCCUCGAAAUUAGAGAUGGAAGGAAGACAGAAAAAAUUGAUAUCUUUUAGUAGACCCGUUUAUAUCUCGAAUACCGAAUUAUCGGAUGCGUCUACGAAGGAGGAAGAAAGUAUAUCGACGAUUGACGAAGAACGAUUCACGGAGUCAUGCGAGCUUCCGAGGAGAAUUGAGUUAUAUUCCUCCUACAGAGGCGGCUGCUCGAAAUCGUGUACGGAGCACAAAGAAACCGUCGUGGAAAGUGCUCGAAUGUUGGACUGCAAACCGCAAACGUUGCGUGAAUCAUCGUCCGGUCAAAAGAAGCUCGAGACAAAACCGUGGGCGAAGACGCCACUGUCUGACCAGGUGAAAACGAAACUGAAAGGGACGUCGGGGAGGCUGCAGGUUCUCUUUUUCUUCUACUUCUCCUCCUUCUCCACGGCGGCAUAUUUUCGCGCGAGCCGCGGAAUCUCAAUGAGCGACUUCCGACAGAACGCGUUGCCGUUUUUCGAAAAGGCGACGAGGCGCACCUUGAGCAAGAUAAAGUCCUUUUACGCGGGCUUGAAGGACGACCUGAGGGGAAGACGAGUGUUGGGAUUCAAGUGCAACUUGAACAAGUGCGACAGCACCCUGAUGGAGUGCAGCGCGAGCUCGUGCAAGAAGGAGAGCAUGAUAUUCGGCGGGCCGGCUUAUCCUCACGACCCGAAAGAUCUUUUUGAUUCUAGCGCCAGCGACACUUCAGCAAUAUCUAGCAUGGAAAAGAUCGGAAGAAUUUCGCCGUCGUAA